AUGUCGUCACCAGGAAUCCUCGCGCAGGACUCCCCGAACACGCAGAAGCGCGCCGGGUAUAUAAAAACCAAGUUCGCAGGCCUCAUUCAGGAUGAUUCUGCGUUACCCGAGAUCCUAGAGAAGGCACGUCGAAGUGUCAAGGAGGAAUUGAUCAACGACAAGAUCGAUGAGAACGGUGUCUCUGAAUACUGGCACAACUGGGCUAUCGACUUUGCUUCGAUCAGAGCAAGCAAGAGACCUUCCCUUGGGGACACAGCAUCCCUUGAUUCAAGCCCCAGAACCUCCCCGACAUCGCCGCUUGCUCCACACAGCCAGCCUAAGAAGGACUUGGCCACGAGAGCGAUACCAUCCGCCUCUAAGAGAAUGGAGCGUGGGCUCCAGGCGAUACCCGAACAGCCCAGUCUUAUGCGGACCUCACCGAACAUUGCCACGAUCGAGCUCCGACAACGCAUGUGGGACAUGGCCUUCCCUGGCGAACCAUGCACCAAGGGACGGCCCGUUGAACUCGGCAUGCCCAAAAGCCUCGACCUUGAAAACCACGUGUCCGCAGACCAUGCCAAUGUGAUGAGGUGGCUCCCGGGCUGCCUGCGUGUCGACACCGUCCACGGCGAAUGCCAAGAGGGCAACAUGAUCAAUGCGAUUGUCUUUAGUCCUAAGAAGUAUGUUACAAUCAACGUAUGGAGCAGUCUUUUGUUGGGCAUGGUGUACAGAACUGCCGCCAACUGGGCUCGCGAGGUGUUUAUGACUUGCUUGACGUCUACAUGA